GAAGCCUACUAUAACUGUGAUUGGAUGAUUAGUAAUUAUUGCAUGACUAAUGUUAGCAAUAUGUUCCUGUUACUCUGACUUUGUCUGUAUUUUUUUAUAGCAACCCUCUCUAUAUUCAGAAAUAAAAGAUUGGUUAGAUUAGCUACACAUACAAAUGUUAGCAAUAUCAUCCAGAUCUUAUUACUAUAAUUAAGCGCCUAAUUCAUUUUCCAUGUCGUUCAUGUACAGGUUUUCUGAAUUCAACAAAAUCAAAAACCAGCCCAGUGAAGAGGGACAGAGCAGCCUUGAUGCGUUCUUGACUCAGGCAAAAGGUGUGCAGAUAUACAGCCAGAGCCAUCCCAGACAGAAGGCCAUUACUGAAUCCAUAAUACAGGAUCUCAUCAUUUCAUGCAAUCUGCCUCUGUCUUUGAUUGACAAGCCUAGCUUCAAGAAUUUCAUGUCAGUGGUAGAGGAGAGAUACUGCCCAGUAAGUCGAAGCACCGUAACCAGACGUCUGAGUGAGCUUGCAGCAGACAAAGAGUCCAAGAUCAAAUCCAAACUAGAAAAGACAGACAAUGUGUCUGUGACCGUUGAUAUCUGGAGUGACCGAAGCAUGCGUGGCUUUUUAGGGGUAACAGCCCACUUCAUGGAAAUAGAGAAAAUCAGCCCAAGCCUGCAGACAGUUCUCUUAAGUUGUGAACGAUUCACAGGGUCACACACUGGAGAAAGAAUAAGUGAGACAUUUGAGGAGAUAUGUGACAACUUCAAUAUAAAACACAAAUUAGAUUACAUUAUCUGUGACAAUGCAGCAAAUAUGAGGAAAGCCUUCACUGUUUGUUUCCCCUCUGCAACAACUGAGAGUGAAGAUGCUGAAGACGACCUGGAAAACAGCAACUUAUGGGAGGAUAUAAGUGAGAAUAUCCAGAACGAUGUGGAAUCUAUCCAGAGCAGCUGCCGUCAACAGCGACUACAGUGAUUUGCACAUUCAUUACAGCUUGUUGUGCAGAUGGACUGAAGGAGACAAGGACUCUGAACAGUGCAAUGGCAAAAGUGACAAAAUUCUGCAGUUUACUUCAUUCCACUUGUGGGCUGAAAGAAGCAUUUGAGAGACAGUAUGGAGCCAAUCGAAGCAUCCCCUCUGCUGUAUCAACACGAUGGAAUUCAACUCUCCGCCUUGUGGAGGCAGUCACUGACCUGGAUCCUCAAAGCCUAAAUACUCUUCUGGAAGCCCAAGGACAUAAAGGCCCGUGCUUAUCAGCAAGAGAAUGGAGUCAGCUGAAAGAGCUUGUGGAAAUGCUGGCCCCAUUUCUUCAAGCAACAGACCUCACACAAGGGGAGGAAGUGGUGACUCUAAGUGCGGCUUUGCCUUGCGUUCUCUCACUCAACAGCCACCUCAACAGUAUGCUGAAUAAAACUCGGCAUCUGGCCGGUUUUGUGAAAGCUCUCCAGAAGUCACUGCAACGCCGUUUCCGGGGGAUCUUUGCAAAUGUCAGAACGGAUGACUCGGCUCAACCUGCAGGAGAUCUUCCAUUUGGAGAUAUGGUCUACAUGAUGUCUGCACUACUAGACCCAUCAUUCUGCUUCUUUUGGCUAGAGCAAGAUGUCCUUGCACCAGAUGAAGUCACGAGUGAGGUGAAGGAGAUGAUAAUGGACCUUGUCUUGGCUGAGGCUCGGAAAGUCACCAUACUUGCUGAGAGCAGUAGUGGAGAGGAUAAUAAGGGUGAGGAGCCACCUGCUAAAACUCCACGCCUUUUCACUGGCUACAGGAAGAAAAGCAAAAAGAAGGAUGACCAUGUAUCAUCUGUCAAGGCUGAGCUCAUUCGCUACAUCCAAGUGUGCUCUGGUGAAGAAGACCAAGCAGACUGCCUAGGCUUCUGGAACAGAAAUGCAAAGGUCUUCCCAAGGCUCUAUCUUGUGGCUAUGAGAGUGCUCGCUGUUCCUGCCACCAGUGCACCAGUGGAAAGGGUAUUCAGUCACGGAGGCCUUAUAAUGCGCCCUCACCGAGCCAGGCUUAGUGCAAGGACACUGUCCAGCUUGAUCUUUUUGAAAUGUAACCAUUCUGUUGCAUAAUACUUUUCUAGGUCUUACAGUAGGCCACUGGAGGAUACCUACAAGCUUGUGAAUGUUUUGUGACCCAUACCCUGUGUGUAUUAAGAGAAGAAUAAGGUAAACCAUUCUGAUCUUAUUGCAGGUUUAUUAUUGUAAAUAUGUUGUUCUUGCCAAAACAACACAAAAAGGUUACUGUUCCGUUAGUAAAAGAGUCAAGAUAGCCAAUACCUCCAGUGAUAUUCCAUAUUUUGUUCCUUGAGUUUUACUUUUAUGCAAGGAAUCAUUUUUGUCAUACAAAGAAAGGUGCCAAUUUUCACAAAUGGUAGAUAUGUCUUUUGGAACAGGUCAUGUUUUAAUAUCACCAGUUCAGUAUAUUUCAGAUAAUAUUGCAGCAAUAGUUUUUUAGUUGCA